UUUUGUGUGAAAUGGCAACGUUCUGCUGGUGAUGUAAACAAGCGUUCUACUGAGCAAGAUGCUUUUGAGGACUUUGCCCUUGAGCUUUUCACUGGUCUUGAUCCAGUUUCCCAGAUUUCUGCGGCAGUCGAUCUUGUGCAGUUCAUUCUGAGAUUAGGGAGCGAUUACUCUUCCGAGUUAAUGACGAACGUGGUGGAUCAAGCGAUUUUUGAUAGAUCAAAAUAUUCCUUACCAAAGCUCCGUCAUUUUCGUUUUGUUGCAAUCGGUCUUGUGGCCAAGCUAAGCAUACUGGACGACGCCCACCUUUAUCAGUCAAUGAUACUUACUGGCAAACGCUUGAUGGCAGUUUCCAUUGAGUUGGCAGAGUUCGUUGAGAAAGAGAAUUUGGCAGCCGAGCAGGGAAAUGAGCCACAAACUGUUCGGUACUGGGUUGCUCUUUCAUCUCGAGCAGAGGCAGUAGCGGAUAAGCUUCGUCAUUUGAUGCCAGGUGGAGUGGCAGCAAGAAUCAUAGUUGAUACUUUAGAAGAUGACAGUACUGAUACAAGAAUGCGAGAGAAAGCUCUUCAACUUGCUAACUUAAAGUUGGUUCAUGAUGGUUUCUUUUUCACGGAAAGCGGCAUUAACGAGGAGCAUCUCGAGAAAAUGGCAAUUGUUUUGAAUAAAUGGCUUAUAAAAGAAAGAUUGGACAUGGACAAAGUGGCGGACUAUCAAACACUGGAUGACUCUAUGGUUGGAAAUGUGUUGCUUCUUGCUGGGGAACUGAUUAGAUAUGAAAUUUUCCUUUUAUCUCAUAAUAUGAAGACGACUAUGAUAUCUGCAAUCCCAUUGCUGAAAACCUGUCUUGACAUCAUUAACGAAUGUUACUUGAGCCAAAAGAAAUCACUCGACUCUUGCAAUCAACAGGAAGAUGCAGCUAGUAAACGUCGUCGCGUUCGUCAACACUCUCUCAGUGGAAAAAGACUUGGCAGUUCAUCAAUUCUUAUUUGUGCGUUGACGUGUACUCAACGAGUUCUCGAUCAGUUUGCUCCAUUUGUGUCGCAGUACAUCCCAGAAGUACUAGUUCAGUAUUGCCGUCUGUAUGGCCGGUAG